UACCGUCUUCCUCUGCCCUUUUCUGAGGCUAGGGUUUCCUUCGUUCUCUCUCUCUCUCUCUCUCUCUCUCUCUCUCUCUAUCUGCCUCCCUCUCUUCGCCUUUGAUGGAAGCUAGCAGCCUCUCUGCCUCGCCCUCCGCCUCCCUUCACCGCUGCUGUUUCCGUUCGUGUUCUUGUUGUUGCUGCCGCUGUUUCUGUUGCUACCAUCUGUAGAGUUUGGAAUCGUCGUUUGAUUCCAGUCUUUGAUUUGAAAUGGAUCACACUCAUCACCAGUCGAACCUGUCCCUGGGGUUCCAUGCCGUUCCUCUACCUCCGCUGACGUCUCGUGCCCCCAUCGCGGACGACUCGAUCUCGCUCCAGAUCGAUCCGGGCCUUCGGGACCCGUCCCACAACCCUCGGCCGAUCCCUCUGCAGUUUUUCGACCAACAGCCGGACAGCGCCCGCGAUGGAUCCGUGGGGGCGAACGAUGGCGAGGAGUCCGAUGAGGAGGAUCAGAAGGAGGAAGAAGUCAGGAUUUUAGGGUACUCGAUGUGCAUCAAGAGGCAGAGGAGAGGGGAUUCGUCCUCCUCUUGCUCGUCGUCAUCCAUGCUACUCUCGAAGAGGGCCAGGGUGGAGCCUGAUCUCGAGACGCGGAGGGACGCUGUCCGGUCCUGGGGAAACCAGCCCUUAUCUGCAGCCGACCCUGAGAUCUUUGAGAUCAUGGACAAGGAGAAGCAGCGGCAGGUACUGGGAAUUGAGCUCAUCGCUUCGGAGAACUUUGUGUGCCGUGGCGUGCUCGAUGCCCUCGGUAGCCAUUUGACAAACAAGUAUUCUGAGGGAUAUCCGGGUGCCCGAUACUAUGGUGGGAACCAGUACAUUGACCAGAUCGAGCGGCUAUGCCAUGACCGUGCCCUUGCAGCGUUUGGUCUCGAUCCUGAGUGCUGGGGUGUGAACGUUCAGCCUUACUCGUGCACCUCAGCCAAUUUCGCGGUGUACACAGGCUUAUUGCUCCCAAAGGAUCGAAUCAUGGGGCUGGAUUCACCUUCAGGCGGGCAUGUUAGUCAUGGUUAUUACACGCCCAGCGGAAAGAAAAUAUCUGCAGCUUCCAUUUUCUUUGAGAGCUUAUCAUAUAAAGUGAAUCCGCUCACAGGUUACAUUGACUAUGAUAAGCUUGAGGAAAAGGCGAUGGAUUAUCGACCAAAGAUACUGAUCUGUGGUGGGAGCACGUAUCCACGAGAGUGGGAUUAUGCUCGAGUUAGGCAGAUUGCAGAUAAGUGUGGAGCAGUGUUGAUGUGUGAUAUGGCUCACAUUAGCGGGCUUGUGGCUGCCAAGGAAUCCCUGAGCCCCUUUGAUUAUUGUGAUAUUGUUACUUCAACAACUCACAAAAGCCUUCGAGGACCUAGGGGUGGUAUAAUUUUCUUCAGGAAAGGGAAGAAACAGAAAAGGCAGGGGUUUUGCCUUGGUCAAACAGAUGAAAAUGAUAGAUAUGAUUUCGAGGAGAGGAUAAACUUUGCUGUUUUCCCAUCACUUCAAGGCGGUCCUCAUGAUAAUCAUAUAGCUGCUUUAGCAAUAGCUCUAAAGCAGGUGGCUACACCUGAAUACAAAGCAUACAUUCAACAGGUCAAGAGAAAUGCUCAAGCAUUGGCAUCUGCUUUACUGAGAAGAAAUUGCAGACUGGUCACUGGGGGCACAGACAACCAUUUGUUACUUUGGGAUCUCAGAACCUUCGGUUUAACAGGUAAGAACUUCGAAAAGGUCUGUGAGGCAUGCCACAUUUCUCUGAACAAAACCCCAAUUUUUGGUGACAAUGGUGCCAUCUCUCCAGGGGGUGUGAGAAUAGGAACUCCUGCUAUGACAACCAGAGGUUGUUUAGAGGGAGAUUUUGAAAUGAUUGCCGAGUUUCUUCUGAGGGCCGCACAAAUAGCAAGUACCAUACAGAAGGAACAUGGGAAGAUACAAAAGGAGUUUCUGAAGGGCCUCGAAAGCAGUAGGGAUGUUGCUGAGCUUCGCAACCGUGUGGAGUCCUUUGCUUCACAGUAUGCAAUGCCAGGAUAUGAUGUUUAAGGGGGGACUUCCAGAGAUCUUGCUAUUCUCCAUAACAUGGUAACUGUCUUAAAUACAUGUUAUACUGCAAAAACAUGGUGACAGUCUUUAAUUGCUUUCCAUUGUUUGCUUACCUUACUGUACAAAACGAAAGUACCAUUUUGAGUUGAUUUGGACAUAGAUGCAUAUUGUUUUGUAAAAGUCAGAACCUUGCCAUAUUACCCACCCUUUUUGUUUCUGGUCCUAUAA